AUGGCAGUGGACAGAGAUCGUGCAGAGGCCAUCGUGUCUGAGAUCCGGAGGAAGAUAAAAGAUGCUUUCGACGUAUUUGACCACGAGUCCAAUCAAACGGUGGAUGUUAGGGAGAUAGGUACCAUAAUCCGAUCUCUGGGCUGUUUUCCAUCCGAAGCGGAAUUGCGUGAACUAAUUGACAAGAUUGAGGAUGAGGAACCCACAGGGUACAUCCACUUUGAGAAAUUUCUUCCAGUUAUGACAAAAGUUCUGAUGGAGCGCAGGUUCCGCCCCAUUCCUGAGGAAGAGCUGCUUCAGGCCUUCGAGAAUUUAGAUCAGGACAAUAAAGGCUAUCUAGAACCCGAGGAACUGACCAAAUAUAUGACACAAGAAGGAGAACCCUUCACCCAGGAGGAAAUGGAUGAAAUGCUGUCUGCAGCUGUUGAUCCGGAGAAAAAUGUCAUUUUCUAUAAGGACUAUGUUAGCAUGUUGAGCUAUGAUGAUAGUCACUAG